ACCAAGCAUGCUUAUCAAUGCAACAGCGCGCCCUCGUUGAACGUUGUCUUUUUUUCCCUCAACUUUUUCCCCCCACAGCUUCGCUCAGCCUGCUGCUGUUAUUAAGGCAAAAAAAGAAAGGAAGUGGCGACACGCUAGCUGCGUUUAGCCGACCACAAGGCAGGCAAUUUGGCUACUUUUGACCUCAAAGACGCCUUCAUCUUUGUACAAGCGAGGCGUUUGAGUACGUUACUUUUUUAGGGGGCUCGUUUUUUUUUUGUUUCCGCGCCGGUUUCAAGCUUGUUUCGUCUCCGCUUCACAUCUUUGUCCGUCUCAGACGUUGUUAGCCCCCAGUCCGGUUUUCACCCGAAGAGCCAACGGAGAAGACAUAAAAGAGCGCUGCUAACCGCUGUUUGUAUUUUUAUAUGUCGGUUUCAUCGUGGGGAGGACAUUGAAGGCAACACAAUGGGACUAGCCACGAGGAAAGGUGCUGUGUGGUGAGAGGGAGGCAUGCUGAGGCAACUCCCCCUGACUCAGGAUGAGUGUCAGAGAUGGCGGUGCCGCCGUGGCAACAAGCACGGGUGGGGGAAGGGAGGGAGGAGACAGGCCAAUCAGCCCCAACGAUCACAACGGACGCUCGUACCUGCUCCAGAUCUACCCACGCCUCCCCGCUGAGUCAUCCACCUGCUGCAAUCUCAGAGUGCAGAAAGAUGCCACAGCAGCCUCUGUGAUCUCGGACGCGGCGACGGCGCUGGAGCUGGACCCCAGCCGCCUGUAUGUGCUGGCAGAGGUGAAGGAAUGUGGCGGGGAAGAGUGGGUGCUGGAGGCUGGCGACCUCCCGGUACAGAGGUUUCUGCUGUGGCCUCGGAAAGCCCAGGAGCAGCACCCGCAGAGCCUGGGCUUCUACUUCUUACUGCAGGAGAGGAACAACGAUGGCACCAUUCAUUACGUCCACCUCCCUCCCAUGUCCAAAGAGCAGGAGAAACAGCGGCUCGCCGCCAGGGGCUUCCUUCCACCUCCCCAGGAUGACUUUGCAGACCUUUGCAACCUCCCCAAACUCAACGAGGACAGUAUCCUAAACAACCUGCGCACACGCUUCUACAAGAAGAAGAUCUACACGUACGCCGGCAGCAUCCUCAUCGCCAUCAACCCCUUCAAGUUCCUGCCCAUAUACAACCCCAAGUACGUCAAGCUGUACGAGAACCACCAGCUGGGCAAGCUGGAGCCGCACAUCUUUGCCAUCGCCGACGUGGCCUACUACGCCAUGCUCAGGAAGAAGGUCAACCAGUGUAUUGUCAUCUCCGGAGAGAGCGGCUCGGGCAAGACGCAAAGCACCAACUUUCUCAUCCACUGUCUGACCGCGCUCAGCCAGAAGGGCUACGCCAGCGGCGUGGAGAGGACCAUACUCGGCGCUGGACCGGUCCUCGAGGCCUUUGGAAACGCCAAGACGGCCCACAAUAACAACUCCAGCCGUUUUGGUAAAUUCAUCCAGGUGAAUUACCUGGAGACGGGAGUGGUGAGAGGGGCCGUGGUGGAGAAGUAUCUCCUGGAGAAGUCUCGUCUGGUGUCCAGGGAGAAGAACGAGAGGAACUACCACGUGUUUUACUACCUGCUGUUGGGAGCUUCAGAGGAGGACAGGAAGGAGUUUAAGUUGUUGCCGCCUGAAGACUACUUCUACCUCAAGCAGCAAAACUUUAAGAUCGAGGACGAGGAGGACCUGCGCCAUGACUUUGAGAGGCUGCAGCAGGCCAUGGAGAUGGUUGGCUUCCUUCCAGCUACCAAGAAGCAGAUCUUUUCCGUGCUUUCGGCCAUCUUGUAUCUCGGCAACGUGACCUACCAGAGGAAGUCGACAGGCCGAGACGAGGGCUUGGAGGUGGGGCCGCCUGAGGUCCUGGCCACGCUCUCCGACCUGCUGAAGGUGAAGGAGGAGCUGCUGGUUGAGGCGCUGACGAAGAGGAAAACAGUGACGGUCAAUGACAAGCUCAUCCUCCCCUAUAGCCACUCCGAGGCAAUCACAGCGCGAGACUCCAUGGCCAAAUCUCUGUACAGCGCCUUGUUUGAUUGGAUCGUCCUCCGCAUUAACCACGCGCUGCUUAACAAGAAGGACAUGGAGGAGUCUGUCCCGCGCUUGUCCAUCGGUGUCCUGGAUAUUUUUGGCUUUGAGGACUUCGAGACCAACAGCUUUGAGCAGUUCUGCAUCAACUACGCAAACGAGCAGCUGCAAUACUACUUCAAUCACCACAUUUUCAAUCUGGAGCAGGAGGAGUACCAAGCAGAGGGAAUCACCUGGCACAACAUUGACUACACAGACAACGUGGGCUGCAUCCAUCUCAUUAGCAAGAAGCCCACUGGCCUCCUCUACCUGCUGGAUGAGGAGAGCAAUUUCCCCCACGCCACAGACGAGACACUGUUAGCCAAGUUCAAGCAGCAGCAUCAGGGGAACAAAUACUUUGUGUCCACGCCCGUCAUGGAGCCCGCUUUUGUCAUUCGGCACUUUGCUGGGAAAGUCAAAUACCAAAUCAAGGACUUCCGCGAGAAGAACACGGAUCACAUGCGCCCGGACAUUGUGGCUUUGCUGCGGAGCAGCGACCGAGCGUACGUGCGGCAGCUCAUUGGCAUGGACCCGGUGGCCAUGUUUCGGUGGGGCAUCCUGCGCGCCACCGUCAGAGGCAUCGCGGCCUUCAACGAGGCCGGCCGCUCCUGGGCCGCCAAGACUUCAGGUGUUGUACGUCCGAUCUCCAGGACUCCUUUGGGAGAGCUUCAGCGCGCCAAUGCUCCGGUAGAGAGGAUGUACAAAGACAUGCAUGCACAGAUCAUCAGCUCCAUUAAGAACUUGCAGAUGGAUGGUGAGGACCCUCGCAAGCUGCUGCAGUCCUGGGGUCGCCUCCGCUUCCCUCGACACGUCCUCCAGAAAAACAAGGCAGCCAAGCAGAAGCAGAUCAUCCCCAAGAAUCUGUUGGAUUCUCAAUCUCUAAAGUUCAUCGUGAGCCUGACUCUGCACGACCGCACGACCAAGUCUCUUCUCCAUCUGCACAAAAAGAAGAAGCCUCCGAGCAUCAGUGCCCAGUUCCAGACAUCUCUGACCAAACUCUUGGAAACGCUGAACAGAGCAGAGCCUUUCUUCAUUCGUUGCAUCCGCUCCAACGCUGAGAAGAAGGAGAUGUAUCUGGAUGAGACCUUGGUGCUUCAGCAGCUGCGUUACACGGGAAUGCUGGAAACCGUUCGAAUCAGGAGGUCAGGCUACGGAGCCAAAUACACAUUCCAGGAAUUCUUGGAGCAUUUCAGGGUCUUGCUGCCAAAGAACUCCACGGCCUCCAAGGAAGACAUUUCAGCCUUGCUGGACAAGAAGUUGGCCUUUGACCCCACUACAUACCAGAUAGGCAAAACCAAGGUUUUUCUGAAAGAGCUGGAGCGCCAGCAGCUGCAGGACACGCUGCAUAAGGACGUGAUGCGUAAGAUCAUAUUCCUGCAGCGCUGGUUCAGAUCUCGCCUGCAGAGGAAGGAGUUUCUGGACAUGAGACGGGCGUCCACGGUCAUCCAGCGCUCGUGGCGCAGGUACUGCAAAGAGGAGCGAAGGCGACGGGCAGCCACUCUCAUUCAAGCUGUUUGGAGGGGGCACAGGCAAAGAUGGGUGUUUCAUCGCCAGAGACGAGGUGCCACCAAGAUACAAGCUCUGGUUCGAGGCCACUCGGCACGAAGGAGAUGCCACUCCAUGCGUGAGGAGAAACGGAAAAAGCAGGAGGAAGAGGAAAUGAGGAAGAAGAAGGCAGAAGAAGAGGAACAGCGACGGCGGGACGAAGAGGAGGAGAGGAGGCGGCAGGAAGAAGAGGAAAUGAGGAGGAGAGUGGAGGAGGAAGAGGAAAGGAGGAAGGCGAAAGAGGAGGCAAGGAGGAGGAGAGAAGAGGAGGAGGCAGCCAAGAAGGCGCUGGAAUCUGAGAAGCAAGCAGCCAAGGAGCCUCAAACCAGAGAGGAUCCGGAUAUCGAACUGGUCACAGAGGAGACGCUGGAUGACAACCUGCCAGGCCGAGAGCCGGAAGAGGAGGACGGGGAGGUGACAGAGGAGGAGCAGGAGGAGGAAUGGCAAGCACAAGAAGGGGAGGGUGAACGCUUACCUCUCAGGUCUGGUGUGGAGACCAACGGUACUCAGGCUGAGGCUGGACCUCAGCUGGACGAGAAGGAGGAGGAUUCAAAACACGAAUUGCCGUCCUCCAGCGCGCUUGCACCCGCUUCUUCAGAUGCUGGCUUGGACAAACAGUCGACCGGUCCUGCGUCACAUCCUCAACAUAAACCAACACGUGCUCCAGCUAGGGCCCAGGGAUCUAGAAGUCAGGAGAAGAGGGAGCAGAGGAGGCGAAGGGGGCUGGAGCACAACCAGAGAGAGACCGAACGAGCCGCCUCGUCCUCGAUGGUCGCCGCGGAUCAAAGCUCCCCGCCGAAGGAGCCGGCCAAGCAACGGGAGCGAGCGGACAGCAAGGAGCUGGACCAGUACACCUUUGUGGCCUGGAAGAUGAAGGAAGACAAAGGAGGGAAGAAGGAGGUGAAAAGUUCGCCUCCAUCCUCCGCUGCCGCUGUUCGUCCGACUACGUUGUUGCUGCAACCCACGGACUCUUUGCGCGAGAAAAGCGCGUUGGACGGCGGCGCCGUCAGCUUGCAGCGCCGCCACGGUCCCAUCAAGGAGAAGCCGGAGAAGUGGAAGGGGAAGAAGAGCGACGGAGACCACUCUCCUCCACCUCACAGCGGAGAGGAGAGAAGGUCCAAGCAGCCACUACGCCAAACAACCUCCUCCUCAUUUGACAGCUUGUCUCCAGGUUCCGAGGGCGCUGGUGCUCUUUUAACCAGAGAGAUGAUUUUGUCUCCAGAGAGUUACGCGGAAAGUUUCAAGGGGAGCUCCAUGAGAAGGAGAACCCAAGACGACUCAGGCCUCACCACCCCGUCCACGCCGGACAGGUCAGGCGGGUUCUUCAGCAAGAUCCUGAAAAAGCGACCCCACAAGGAGGCUCACACUCCAGACAACGGGGAGGUGACGCUUGCCCAGAUUCUCAAUGACAAACCUGCAGGAGGUGAAGCUCCAGCAUCCGGGGGGCACCCAUCGAGGACGUCAUCCCAGUCCCAAGGGGAUCGUUCCAGUAAAAGCUUGGGCCGCAACCCCACCAUCAAGAUCAGCCGUGCCACGCGGGUCUCCGAGCAGUGGAAUGCGUCGCUGGAUCGGGAGAUCACCAACGCCAACGAGCUGCGGCACCUGGAUGAGUUUCUGGGGAACCAGGUUAAUGACUUCCGCUCCAGGGGGAAGCCCCUCUCAGACACGGAGAACAUCUUUGUAAACGCCACCAUGCAGUUCAGGGCGACCAUAAAAGCCAUGUAUUCUUUCCCCAAGCCGACCAUCGGCUACAAGGGUCUGAUGACUGGCUACCAGAACAAAGUCAUCCAUCUGGCGGGUGACAAGCAAAAAGGGGAAGUCCAGCUGGUGGUCAACCUCUUCCAGUCUGUCUUGGAUGGUUUUAUUAGAGGGGAGAUGAAGAAGGAGGAGGCGGAGCCCACCAAGCCCGCCAAAGCAAGGAAGAAGCGGCGGAAAAAAGCCAAAAGUAUGGAGAGCCCCUUGGAUCAUGUUUUCGUCAACUACCAGGUCAACAUCAUGCAGUCGUGUGACCAGUGUACGUCUUACAUCUGGGGGAUGGAGAAGGCCUACAUGUGCAGCUAUUGUAAAAUGGUGUGCCACAAAAAGUGCCUCUGCAAAAUAGUCACAGACUGCUCCACUUUCUGCGCCAAAAGGAGUGACGAGGAGUCCAGCGGUCAGCACUUCGGUGUGCGUGUGUGUCACCUGGUCAGCGAGAAGAACCCGGUGCCCAUGGUUCUGGAGGUGAUGCUGGAGCACGUGGAGAUGCAGGGCCUCUACACCGAGGGCAUCUACCGCAAGUCAGGCUCAGCCAAUCGCAUGAAAGAGCUGCACCAGCGACUGGAGACGGACCCCCACCUGGUCUGCCUUGAGGACUACCCCAUCCACACGGUGACGGGCUUGGUGAAGCAGUGGCUGAGGGAGCUGCCAGACCCGCUCAUGACCUUCACUCAUUACAAUGAGUUCCUGCAUGCAGUAGAGCUGCCAGACAAGCAGGAGCAGCUCUACGCCAUCUACAAGGUGCUGGAGGAGCUUCCAACAGCAAACUUCAACACACUGGAGAGGCUCAUCUUCCACCUUGUCAGGGUGUGUAAAGAGGAGGCUUACAACCGCAUGUCUCCUAACUCCUUGGCCAUCGUGUUUGCCCCGUGCGUCCUGCGCUGCCCGGACGGCGCCGACCCGCUUCUCAGCAUGAAGGACGUCGCCAAGACCACCACGUGCGUGGAGAUGCUCAUCAGCGAGCAGAUCAGACGCUACAACGAGAAGAUGGAGGAGAUCGAGCAGCUGGAGUUUGCCGAGGCGCUGGCUGUUAACCAGCUCAAACUCAAGAGGCAGAACACGCACUGCUGGCAUUUACCGCUCAGGUUCUCACCUCCUUACAAAGGAGUGGUGGUGCACGAGAAGGUCAGUUCGGACCUCCAAGCGGUCCCUGAGAACGAGCCCCUGGACUCGGACACAGAGGCCGAGAAGAACCUGGUGGAGCGCAUCAAGUCCAUCAAGCAGGAGAAAGAGGAUCUGGCCUGUCGGCUCCCGGAGAUGGAGCAGCCCGGUUCCGACCAGGAAAACCUGGACUCUGAAGCCUCGCUGAGCUCCGAGAGCCUCCUGGACGAGCAGCAGCGUUCCUCCGCCCACAACUCGGAGCCCGAAGGUGGAGUUGGCCCUCAGCAGAGGCGAUGCAAGUCAGUGUACACGCCCAAACCAUCCAGCCUGGCGCAGCGACCGACAUUCCCUGGCGGACGUGCGUGUCUCCAAGACACCCCUGCUGUCUCCUCCUCCUCCUCCAUGUCCAGCUCCUCCUCUUCCAUCUCCGACCUCUCCAGCGCCUCCUCCUGCAGGCGCCCGCCGCAGCGCCGCAACCCCGUCAUCCCGGACACGGUUAAACUGCCCCCGGGGGUCCACAACUCGGGCCCGGCUCGGCCUUCCACCCCUCCCGAAAAGCGAGCUUUUCACUACUUGGUGAGGAGGCGGGAGCACCCCGGCCGGCGUAAAGACAGCACCCAGUCGCUCUACAUCGACGGGCCCGAGUGCGAGCUGUUGACGCAUUUCUCCUCCUGUUCUCCUUCUGCUUCCUCCUCGUCCUCGUCCAUCUCCACGGCGGCGCCGUGUCCUCCAUGUCGCCGCAAGGAGACGGCGAAGGAGCACAGACGCUUUUCUGACCCUGACAUUCCUUACAUGGACGACGACGUCUGAGCGGGAUGGACAUUUCAAUCAAACUCAUCAAGGAACUGGACAACAUGUUGCCAAGCACCUUUUCUACCAUUUUUUUUUUAACGAUAUUGCGGUUACAGUUCAGUCAAGAGAGCGUUUGUGUGUCACGUCGCCUCCUAUUGGUGGAUCAGCAGAAUGUGUUUGCCCCAAUUUAUGCUAAUUUAAGCUUCCAGUCGCACUUUGUCAUUUCUUAGUUCUCCGAAUGGAAAAAGUGAAGCCGACAUGCUCACGGAAAUACUAGCUUGUGCCUUAAUUCAUAGACAACUUUUUUUUAUUGUUAUGAUGUUUGAUGCUCACCUGGAUGAUGUAUUUGUUGAUGUUGGGGCGGCGGAUUGUACUUUUUUGACCUGCUGGACAACAAACCACACCAAAAUAGGAAUUCAUUGUCCUCGCGUAGCAACGGGAAAUGCGAGCAGCACACGCCACUUUUUCCUUUCAAACACACACACGCAAACAAAAAAACCACACCGCGAUGUCUUUUGACCGGACGUUUUCCAAGAAGGAACGUCUGCAAACGGUCCCACCAUGAAUGUUGUGAUGCCAACGUUGUUUUAAUACUAAUGUUCCUCUCUUGACUGCUGUAGGAUUGCAUCUUUUGGACCAGGAAGUGUCGUGUGGAACAGAGAGUGUAUGUUUGGGACUGAAUGACGUCAAGUGGAAUGCUUAUUAAAAGUAUUAAUACAAAGCAGCAUGCUUGGAACGUCCUUCAAUUUCAUGCCCCUAAUAAAUAAGAAAUUGCAACCCCGCCAAAAAAAGCAAAGCAAAUAUUCAGCCUAGCAUAACAUGAACAAAUGUGCUCGAGUUCUGAUAAAACUGCUGCUAUAGCACCACCCAUGUUCAUUUUAUUGGCGGCGACGCACCAUGUUUCAACCUCGUCUCAGUGUGUUUACCCGUGCCUGUAUGAGCAAUUAGGAACCCACAGAAGAAAAUAGCCGGCCACAUAUAGAGCUACAACAGUCCUUUUUGGCUAAGGGUAAGCCCACCCAUUGUGUUCUGCGUCGUGAUUGGCUGUAGACCAUUGUCAAUCAUUCUCUGUGCUGUUUCCUGUUGUGGGCAAUAGCCGCUUGCAAACCAGCUAACUGUGAGCUGCUUGCAAACCACCAAUAAACAAUAGAAGAAGCUAAGCUGCUAAAUGAGUCUUCGGUUCAAGGAGUAGGACGAGGGGGAGCAAUAUGUUUGAACAAGAAUACAAAAAUGCUACAGCUGAAUGGCGCCAGACGAUCAGAGGAGUGAAAUACGCGUGAGUCACGUAAUUUGCUGUGUCCAACCUAGUAGAUUGAUAAUUAAAAUUCAAACAAAAUGUGAACUUUGAGUGUGUUUCAACAAGAGUGAAAAGCGAAUAAAGGGUAUGGUGAGGGCUUUUAUAGCCUUAAAACAUUUGGGAACCUGUCAGCUGCGAUAAGCGAGGCAACACUGUAUCAUGUGACUGAUGGACACUGUAGUAUUUCAGAAGUGAGAUGAGGUUUAUUGGAUGAACACAAUAUAUGCAUCAGUGCAGACAUUUUGUUGAUGCGAAUACCUCUAGCUACCUAGCACUGGUUAAUUGGAACACAAAAUGGCUUUUGUGAGCUCAGUAAGACUUGAAUUUUACAGAUGGAUGCAUCUAAUCGAAGGUAUUUAAAUGAUCCCUGACAUGAUUCAUCAACUUUGUUUAAAUAUGUUCUAUAUUGUUUGUAAAUAUGUUGUGCAUUGUUCGAUUUUUGAAAGGGAACAGUAAAUUAGCACAUUUAUAGUUCAUGGCGCCACCCAUGACGAGCUAGCUCUCACAGUCCAGCCUCAUUUCCAGAAGUGACGCCAUCAGAGUGCUAUCGCUCAGGUAAACAAACAUGGCGGUGUACAAGACAAGGGGUGUUUACAGUGAUUAUAGCCAGGCAAUGCAAGGCUACAUUAUAUACACUUGUAUACGACGUACAAUACGUGCAAUGCCACAUUCAAAAUAUCUGCAUAAGUGUUAUUCAUUUUAAACUAUGUUAAUGACAGAACACGCUUUAUAAUUAAUGUAGUCAAUUGUUUUUUUUCACAAUAAUAGAUACAAUGAAUGUGGAAAGUAUUCACAAUGCUUCACUUGUCCACAUUUUGCUAUGACACAGCCGUAUUCCACAAUGGAAAAAGUCAUUUUUCUCCUCAAAAUAUGAACUGCUUGGCAAAGGCUGUGAAUGUACACGUAAUUUCUUUGUUUUUUUACAUGUAAUUUCUUAAUUUUUAUUUUUAACAAAUGUGCAAACAUUAAAUAGUAUUGUUCGUGUUGUCAUUACGGGGUGUUGACUGU